AUGAACACCCGGCGAACUUUGUAUCUGUCACUUGUGAAGUCCCAGUUGUUGUAUGCUUCGGAGGUGUGGUCACCGGUUAACAACGUUCAGCUAUCAAGACAAGUAGAGAAAGUCCAACGGAGGGCAACCAUGCAAGUGGAUACUAUUGAACAGAGAGAUGCCUUACAAAGAACGGCUGUCGUCGUUAAACCUGCUAUACCAUUAAGUUACGAUAGAGAAAUGAAGGACUUAGCAUUCUUUUAUAAAGCUUUAUUUGGUUUUCUAAACGUGAACUUAAGUAACUAUAUGUGUCGUUUGUCAGCCAUGGUCGUAUACUCGAUUGAGUCUUUCCUCUCAUGA